AUGAAUCUUGAUGAUUUAUUAAACAGUGCUCUUGAUGAGCUUGAAACUCAAGAAAAAGAACAACCAACAACCACAAAAACUACCACAACAACUACAACAACUACAACAUCCAAUACAACAAAAACAAUAAAUAAUAAUAAUAAUACAGUAACACCAUCAACAAUUAAACCAACAUAUAAUAAACCACCGCCACCAUCAUUGGGAAAUGAUGAUCUUUUAAAUACAAAUGUAAAUGAUAUGAUGGAUAUUUUUAAAAAACUUUUAGGUGAAGAAACAUUAAAGAAUUUAGAUGCAGGUUUUGAUAAAGAAUAUAAUAAAGAUAUCAAUAAUAAUAGUGAUGAUAGUAAUAAUGGUGGUUUACCAAGUGAAGAAGAUAAAAAAAAGAUUGAUGAAUUAGCUGAAAAGUUAGCAACAAUGUUUGGAGUUUCGGAGGAUUCAGAUUUAGGUGAUAUGGAUAAUUUUAAACCUUUCUUAGAGGAAUUAACAAAAGCGGGUGGUCUUAAUUUCAAUAAUGAUGAACUCAACAACAACAGUAAUAAUAAUAAUAAAAAUAAUAAUAACAGCGGUGUACAUAUAGAUAAUUUUGAAAGUAGUAUUAGUGAUACAUUAAAGAAUUUAGCAGAUAAUGCAUCAAAUAAAACUGAUAAUAAUGGUGGUAUUGAUGAUUUAUUUAGUAACCUUUCUAAAUUAAUGGAAGGUCAAAACUUUAAUCUCGAUGGUGAGGAAACUGGUCAAAUUAAUGAUUUAUUCGAAGAAUCUAUUCAAUUUAUGGCUGAAAAUUAUCCAGACUGGAUUGAAAAAAAUAUAGAUCAUUAUCCACCAGAAGAAACUGAAAGAUUUAAAAAUCAAUCUGAAAUAUUUUCAAUGAUUGCUCAACAAAAAGAAGGUGAAGCAGAUAUGUUGGAUAGUGGAUUACUAGCAAGAAUGUCACAGCUUGGUAAUUUACCAGACUCUUUUUGUGAAGACUCCAUUAAAAAAGUUGAAACUGAAAUCGAUGAAAAAGAAUAA